AUGGAAGAAUAUGAGGCUUGUGCUAUGGGGUUAAGAGUGGCCAUAGAAAGAAAAGUUAAAGUGCUCAAAGUAUAUGAAGAUUCCUCGUUAGUCGUGUAUCAAUUGCGAGGGGAAUGGGAGACAAAGGACCCAAAGUUAGUUGAAUAUAGAAAAUUGAUCCUUGAAUUGGUAAAAGAGUUUGAAGAGAUCACUUUCACUUUUCUCCCUCGAGAAUAUAAUCAGAUGGCAGAUGUUUUGGUCAUAUUGGCUACAAUCUUUCAAGUAAAUAAGAGAGCUAACAUGAUUCCAAUUAAAAUGCAAGUAUAUGAAACUCUCGCACAAUGUUAUAGUGUAGAAGAAGAGGAUGAUGGUCACCUAUGGUACUAUGACAUCCUACAGUACAUCAAGCAUCAAACUUACUCGCAGCAAGCGUCUAAGAUUGAUAAGAGAACAAUAAGAAGAAUGGUUGUUGGAUAUGUCCUUGAUGGGAAAAUUUUGUACAGAAAGGGAAGUGAUCAGGUUUUGAUAAGAUGUGUGAAUGCUCGAGAAGCAAGAAGUAUACUUGAAGAGGUGAAAAGGGAUAUGUGGAACACAUGA